AUGUCCAGCUCAGACAGACCCUCAGGGGAGACAGACGUCCGGCAGCUCCUGAAACUCUACCGAACUGAGAUCUCCAUGGCGGUGGACGACACUUUCCCGCUGCUCCAUGGCCUGGCCGAUCACGACGUCAUCACAGAGGACAAGUUCAAGGAGACUCAGAGGUUGGGAGAAAGGGACGGCUGCCACAAGGCACUCCAUGCCCUGCUCAGCUGGCUCCUGGGGAGGGACUCGGCGUCCAUCCGCGCCUUCUGGGCGGUGUUGUUCAAGGACUACAACCUCGAGAGAUAUGGCAGGUUACAGGCCAUCCACAGCAGUUUCCCCAAAGACGUGGACCUCAGCCGAGGCCACAAGGGGAGGAGGCCCCCAGCCAGCCUGAAGGUCUCAAGUACUUACAGACUCUCAGGGAAGCGGAAGGGCCUGGAAGAAAAGGAGGCCCCUCAGCCGGCCUCCCAGGCCCUGAGAGGUGCUUCCAGCCCAGGACCCCCCCACAAGGUGAAGCCCCCCAGGAAGCCAGAGAACUCAGAGCCCCCACGUUUCCCCCUGGGAAACGGAAUCCGGAGCGUGUCUGCUUCGGUCCAGAGGGCUGUGGCCGUGGCCGCCAGCGAGCUCCCAGGCACCUGCGGGGCAGUGGAGGGGGUCCUUAUUAAACAGGUGUUCGAGUCAGGAGGCUCCAAGAAAUGCAUCCAAGUUGGCGGAGAGUUUUACACACCAGGCAAGUUUGAGGAGCCCAGUGGGAAGAACAAAACAAGAAGCCCAAAGCCGCCAACACGAACCAAAGCGACCCAGGCUCCCCAAAACGGCAGAGCAGAGCUGCAGCUGAGCCAACAGAGCGGUGGGCCUGCCAGGCCAGCCCAGCCCCCAGAGCUGCACCUCCACCAGAAAAAUGAUGAUGAAUGUGCUGUAUGUAGAGAUGGUGGGGAGCUGAUCUGCUGUGAUGGGUGUCCCCGGGCCUUCCACCUGGCCUGCCUGGAGCCGCCAUUGACAGAAAUCCCCAGCGGGAUGUGGCGGUGUGGAUGCUGCAUAGUUGGGAAGGUGCACCAGGACGGGCGUCACGGAGACCAGAGAGACAUCCCCUCACAGACUCCGGCUCUCCUUGGGCUAAGGCCAGCUAGGACACAGGUGAAGAACCCAACCCAGGAGCCACCCCCGGGACUGGGGGCUACUUUCACCUUCAAACAGCCUCUCCCCCCUGCUUCUUCUCCGGCCCUGAUGUCAGCCCUUCCUCUGACUUCCUGCCAGCCUCUGCAGAGCUCGGGGCCUGAGAGGCAGCAGCAGCAGCUCUCAGCUGAAGAGCAGUGUGGGGUCUGCCAAGGAAGUAAGGACGUGCUUCAUUGUGCCCAGUGCUCCGGGGCCUUCCACUGGCACUGCCAUUUCCCAGCUGACUCCAACAGCACAGGGGGGAUUGUCAAGUGCAAACUCUGUUCCCAAGCCCCCGUCCUCCUUCCCGGAGAGGAUGCUCUGAGCACCAGCAUCUCAGCCCUGGAGCCCGUGAAGUCUACUGAGAGGCAGCCGUCCUCCCGGAGGGCAGGACAAGCCCUCGGACAGGCUGCUCGUGUAGCUUGGGCUGACGUUCACUUCUCUGCACCCCAGGUGAGCGGAGAGCCUUCUCGGACUGAGACCAUCCUGAAUAAAGAUGAGCUGGACUCCCUUCUGGGAGAGAACUCCUUUGAUGGAAUCCUGCAGUGGGCCUUCCAGAAUAUGUCCCGGCCCCUCUCUGAGGCCCAGAGCUUUUUCUCUUAACGCCCUAUAAAAGCGGAGCCCAGCCACUUACGGAAGAAUGUAAGCAGGCGGUGGUGCUGGACAUCUCGGGCCGCCUGGGCUCUUCCCCACAACCGUCCCCGGCAGUCUGCAGCUUUCUUGUGCACGCCCUGAAUGCGGGAGCAAUGCCAGUGAUUGGCCAUGUGGUGCCAAGGGACAAAAGUACUCAGGACCACUCAUUUCUGUGCUUUGGGGGAGGGGAUGUGGGGUGGAGGGAAGGGGGAUGGGGCCAGUGGAAGAAGCCAAGGUGGGAGCCAAGGAGAGAGCCCAUCCUGGGUAAAAAUCAAUAAGGUGAAUGAAAUAAAGAAUAAAAUGAAAUACAAUGGGAGGCUUGAGGUAUAGGGGGGAAGGGCGGGAGCACCCAAAGGCUUCAGAGACCACCAAUGACUUUUGCACAUGAUCUCAGAGCACUCACUCAUGGCUGGUUUGGUGGUGCUCCUGAGCAGGGCGUCAGGGGGUCGUAGGGCGUUUCACAGGACUAUGUUACCCCCCUCUGAGGCAGUCUGCAUCGCACAGACACAAUUCUCACCGGUGGGACGGGGGCUGCUGAAAGGAACCGCUCUGAACCCCAGCUCUGUCACUCAGGACAAAUAACUGAGCUCUCAGGGCCUCCCCUCUCCUUGGCAAAAAGAGGUCCCUGCCAGCUACAGCUCCCGUGACCGGAGGGGGGCGAGUCUCAUCCAGAGCCCGGCAAUCUCACAAUCUCUCCCAGAUGGGGGAAAUAAUCCAACAAUAGCGGGUCCUGCCCAAGAAUGAGCCUUUCUGGGCACACGGGUCGGGAUCGGGCCCAAAUCUAGGAUUCUCUCCCCCGGUUUUGAUGCAUCCACACCAACGAGAAAAUGUGAGGCCCAAAGCGGAGGCAGGGACAGGGCGGAUUCAAAGGAAGGGGCUAUUUGCGGGGCCCCAGAACGCGCGUUCUUGGGGGAGUCUGGGGCCUCCUUCCCCGGAUGCAGCCUCCCCCGGGGAAUGGGAGGAUGCUCUCCCUUCGCCUUCCCCAGGAUUCAGGAACCUCUGUCUCCGCGUCUACCCUGGAGAGAGAAAUGACGCGCAGAGCUCUAGGAUUUCCCCAUCAGGACUCAGUUUGGUGCUUUCUAGGUCCGGUGGAAGGAGUCUGGGAAGAUCACUCCUGCUUCCUGUUACUCCUUUUCAGUUCAGAUGGGCACCUGUUGUGCAUCCGUCAC